AUGAAGUGCAGAAGCGUCGCGUGGGUGGAGCGGAGUGCGGGGGAAGUUGUGGGGAGUGCGUCAAAUAUCACGCAUGCGCAUUACCGUACCGGCGACGGCUAUACAAACGGUGGCCUAGCGCAUAAGGGGAUUACAGAGCCCGAUCUGACAGGCUGCACCAUGAGUCAGGGUAAGGACAAUGCUCGACUCAAGAGCUACAAGAACAAGUCCCUCAACACAGAUGAGAUGAGAAGAAGGAGGGAAGAGGAAGGCUUACAGCUCCGCAAACAGAAGAAGGAUGAACAGCUUUUCAAGAGGAGGAACGUUGCCACGGUGGAGGAUGAUGGCCUCCCUGAGGAAGAUGGGAUGGCUGAUAGCGGCUACCUGGAGUCCCAGGCCAACAACAUGGACCCACUCAUGGGCGGGGUCAUUUCGGAGGAUAUGACACAGAUGAUCUUCUCCAGCUCUCCUGAGCAGCAGCUAAUAGGCACCCAGCGCUUUAGGAAACUCCUCUCUAAAGAACCCAACCCACCCAUUGAUGAAGUCAUCGCCACUCCAGGUGUGGUGGAGCGCUUUGUUGAGUUCCUGAAGAGGAAAGAAAACUGCACAUUGCAGUUUGAGGCGGCAUGGGUUUUGACCAACAUUGCAUCAGGAACAUCCCAUCAGACUCGAGUGGUAAUCCAGGCAGGAGCUGUGCCCAUUUUCAUAGAGAUGCUUAGCUCGGAUUUUGAAGACGUGCAAGAACAGGCGGUGUGGGCCCUGGGGAACAUAGCAGGAGAUAGCACAGAAUGCAGAGACUUUGUCAUAGACUGCAACAUCCUGCCUUCGCUGGUGCAGUUGUUGGCCAAACAGAAUCGUCUAACGAUGAUGAGGAAUGCAGUGUGGGCGCUCUCAAACCUGUGCAGAGGAAAGAACCCACCUCCGGACUUCACUAAGGUGUCCCCGUGUCUCAGUGUGCUGUCCUGGCUGCUGUUUGUCAACGACACAGACAUCCUGGCUGAUGCAUGCUGGGCACUGUCCUACCUAUCUGAUGGUCCCAAUGACAAAAUCCAGGCUGUUAUUGACUCAGGAGUCUGUCGCAGGCUGGUGGAGCUACUGAUGCAUGCUGAUUAUAAGGUGGUGUCUCCUGCUCUGCGAGCUGUUGGGAACAUCGUCACAGGAGAUGAUCUACAGACACAGGUGAUUUUGAACUGCUCAGCACUGCAGUCCCUUCUUCACCUCCUGAGCAGCCCUAAGGAGUCCAUCAAGAAGGAGGCCUGCUGGACCAUCUCCAACAUCACCGCAGGGAAUCGAGCACAAAUACAGAUGGUGAUAGAUGCAGGUCUGCUGCCUCCUCUCAUCACCAUCCUGCAGGUAGCAGAGUUUCGCACAAGGAAGGAAGCAGCCUGGGCCAUUACCAACGCCACCUCGGGGGGCUCUGCAGAGCAAAUCAGGCACCUAGUGGAGCUGGGCUGUAUAAAACCUCUGUGUGACUUGCUCACACUCAUGGACUCCAAGAUAGUUCAGGUGGCUCUGAAUGGCAUCGAGAACAUCCUGCGACUGGGAGAACUGGAGGCCAAGAGGGGCGGAGGCAUCAACCCAUACUGUGCACUCAUUGAAGAGGCCUAUGGUCUGGACAAGCUGGAGUUCCUGCAGGGCCACGAGAACCAGGAGAUCUACCAGAAAGCCUUCGACCUGAUCGAACGCUACUUCAACACCGAGGACGAGGACCCAUCCCUGGCCCCGGCCGUCGACCUGCAGCAGCAGCAGUUCCUCUUCCAGCAGUGCGAGGCUCCAAUGGAAGGCUUCCAGCUAUAAUACUCGAUCCCAUUUCUCCGAGCGCCACCCUCAUCCUCACCUCCGCUCAUUUCUCUCUCUCACUUUGCCCACUGCCGUUGUUCAAGGUCACGACAACGUGGGAUGCCCUCGGCUCCCUUCCUCCCUCUUCCUCCCCUUCUCAUCGUCAGAGAUUGAUUUAACGAUAAUCAUGAUUAUGAAAAAUGUAACAUCACGGGAGCAAGUGUGUGCGUAAGUCCAGCGUGGGUCAAGUUCUGCAGUCCUGUCAGCCAGUUCGUGAAGGUUUCACUCAUCAUUCUGUCUCCUGCUAAGGCCCUGGCAUCUCCUGUGAGCAGAUUUGUCCUCGACACCACCCCUAGUUUUACUCCUCCGGAUUCCUCCUCAGCUCAUUCCAGAUAGAAAGCACCUCUCCUUGUUCCUGUAGGAUCCUCUCUCUCUGAUUAACCAGGAUGUUUUGAGACUGCACUGCUUGUCUGAUUGAAGCAUUUAUGACGCAAGACAGACAAACAUGGACAUGAUUUCGACCCCUUCCUACACACACAAACACAAACACACAGACACACAGAAGAAUGAUCUUACCUAAACACUGGACUGACCACGAGGCGCUGACAACAUGUUUGACCGUGGGAGUCCCGCCCCAAGGACUCCACUGACCUCUACAAAAGGCACUUAAAUGACUCAAAAAUGGAGGUUGAAUUCCUUCACCUUCUCCUCUCUAGCCAUUGGACAAGUGACCACAGAUGGACAAAUUAGAAAAAUGACGUGUACAAAAAAAAAAAAGGGGUGGAGCUUGGGGAUGGCAAAAUCAGGCUGCUCAUGUUCCCUCCUGGAUUUCAUAUCAUUCAUUCCUUUAUCCAGCAUCGGGACUCUCCACCUGCACAGGCUCCAUUCUGAAGAGUUUAGACUGCCUCCUGCCUCUGGUGUGAUGUGAAUAAAACCCCAUGGAUCUAUGGGAAUUGGAGUCUUCCCUUCGCACUGAGACAAAUGGACAGACUUGGACAAGACUUAAACAGACUAUUAAACCCUGGAAUCUGUCUAGCAGCAGAUCAGCGGGAAUUUUUAUUAUCUUUCCAUACUUUUCAUUUCAUUCGCAGCACUUUAGUUCAAGACUGACGCCUGCUCUUCGAGAAUACGCCAUGGUUUUUACAUUUAACUAUUUAAUCGGUCAACGACGCUCCGGCCUCAUCAGGAAGCGAAGAGGUUCUCGCCUCCCUCCUGGUAUGACAAAGAUCCCUCACGGUUGACUCUUCCUACAAAGGGACUCAAGCAGUUUGUGGACUGAAACUGUUAGCACACUAAUAACAAUCAAAAGAUCACUCUGCCUCAGCGAAGCUAGACGAACAUUAUUGAGACGAAGGAAUGGACUCUUGGAAAUUUAGCUGUGAGCAGUCAAAAACCUGUAGAACUUUCCAAUUUGAUCAUGCCAAAUCAUCAACACGUAUUUGAGCUAUUGAAGUUGAAGUUGGGUCUUUUUUUUUUUUUUUUUUUUAAGUGUUUUUUUUUUUUUUAGUGGGGGUUAGCAUCUGUCAUGUUCCUGAUGGUGCCAUAAUCCUUAAUCUACCGUAAUCCUUCCAGAUAAUUUCAACAGAAAUCCAGAUAAAAACUUGAAAAUACUGGUGAUCACCUUAGCUAGCAGAAUUGAAUGUUUGUUUACCAAGUUCUCUUUACAUUGCUUCUUUUUGUCGAAAUCUCUCCCGAGAGAUGACCAGCUCUACAUGUUAAUUACUGUUUGUUGUACUGAGUUUGUGCAGCUGUCCCCUGUUAUGCCAUUUGCAUAAAAGCUGUUUCAUGAA